UUUUUUUUUAAACCUUUUCCGGGAGUCUCCAGCUGGCCCUGGUGUGUGUCAGGAGCGCGGUGUAGACAGGAGUUCCAGGCAGGCUCAGUCACACGAAGUUCCUGUCUUUUCUGAAGUGGAGGAGGUUUUCCUGGUGUUUGUUUGGUUUGGGCUUUUCUUUUCUUUUUUUUUUUUUUUUUUGAGGUAAUUUUAAUCGCUUUGAAUAAAUAACUCUCCCUUAAGUGACUGGCCGUAGGAAGGGGAGAAAGAGCACGGCGGUGAGUUAAAGCCGGGGAGGAAGAGACCUGCCCCAUAGCGUGGCUCCUCUAGAAAUUAACACACAUAUACAUACAUCAUCAGAGUGUUUUACUAGAUCCCUAAAAUGUCGAGAUAUGUGCAAGAUCUUAGCAAAGCCAUGUCUCAAGAUGGUGCUUCUCAGUUUCAAGAAGUCAUUCGACAAGAGCUAGAAUUAUCUGUGAAGAAGGAACUAGAAAAAAUACUUACCACAGCACCAUCACAUGAGUUUGAGCACACUAAAAAAGACCUUGAUGGAUUUCGGAAGCUAUUUCAUAGAUUUUUGCAAGAAAAGGGGCCUUCUGUGGAUUGGGGAAAAAUACAGAGACCUCCAGAAGAUUCGAUUCAACCCUAUGAAAAGAUAAAGGCCAGGGGCUUACCUGAUAAUAUAUCUUCUGUGCUGAACAAGCUGGUGGUGGUGAAACUCAACGGUGGUUUGGGAACCAGCAUGGGCUGCAAAGGCCCCAAAAGUCUGAUCGGUGUGAGGAAUGAGAAUACCUUUUUGGAUCUGACCGUUCAGCAAAUUGAACAUUUGAACAAAACCUACAAUACAGAUGUUCCUCUUGUUCUAAUGAACUCUUUUAACACGGAUGAAGAUACAAAAAAAAUACUACAGAAGUACAAUCAUUGUCGUGUGAAAAUCUACACUUUUAAUCAAAGCAGGUACCCAAGGAUUAAUAAAGAAUCUUUACUGCCUGUAGCAAAGGAUGUCUCAUACUCAGGGGAAAAUACAGAAGCUUGGUACCCUCCAGGUCAUGGUGAUAUUUAUGCCAGUUUCUACAACUCUGGUUUGCUCGACACCCUUAUAGGAGAAGGCAAAGAGUAUAUUUUUGUGUCAAACAUAGAUAAUCUGGGUGCCACUGUGGAUCUUUAUAUUCUUAAUCAUCUAAUGAACCCACCCAAUGGAAAACCCUGUGAAUUUGUCAUGGAAGUCACAAAUAAAACACGUGCAGAUGUAAAGGGUGGGACGCUCACCCAGUAUGAAGGCAAGUUGAGACUCGUGGAAAUCGCUCAAGUGCCAAAAGCUCAUGUGGAUGAGUUCAAGUCUGUAUCAAAAUUCAAAAUAUUCAACACAAACAACCUCUGGAUCUCUCUUGCAGCAGUUAAGAGACUGCAGGAGCAAAAUGCUAUUGAUAUGGAAAUCAUCGUGAAUCCCAAGACUUUGGAUGGAGGCCUGAACGUCAUUCAGUUAGAAACUGCAGUAGGGGCUGCCAUUAAAAGUUUUGAGAACUCGCUCGGUAUUAAUGUUCCUCGGAGCCGUUUUCUACCUGUCAAAACCACAUCAGAUCUCUUGCUUGUGAUGUCAAACCUCUAUAGCCUUAAUGCGGGAUCUUUGACGAUGAGUGAAAAGCGGGAAUUUCCUACAGUACCCUUGGUUAAAUUAGGCAGUUCUUUUACCAAGGUUCAGGAUUAUCUGAGAAGGUUUGAAAGUAUACCAGAUAUGCUUGAAUUGGAUCACCUCACAGUUUCAGGAGAUGUGACAUUUGGCAAGAAUGUUUCACUAAAGGGAACAGUUAUCAUCAUUGCAAAUCAUGGUGACCGAAUUGACAUCCCACCUGGAGCAGUAUUAGAGAACAAGAUUGUAUCGGGGAACCUCCGUAUCUUGGACCACUGAGAGGAAAAAUACUGUGUACACUUCAUACUAAUUAUGGGCUAAACAGUUUCUUACAAUGAAAUGUUCUCUAGGAUUCUAAAGUUGGCAGGUACUUUACUGUGUUACUGUACCCUGCGGUGUUAAUUUUUAAAGUAGAGUUUUUUUGCAAUAUGCUUUUAGUUGAAGAAAAGCACAGAUGGAAGCAAUAUUUUUUCUUCUCUGAAGAGGACCCUGAAAGUUAGUUCAUUGUAAAGUGCAAUACUGUUUAAUCUUAAAACUGGGGCAGCUCUGCUGGAACAUCUUUUAACAGAGGCCUCAGUGAUGGUCACUUUGAAUUGCUUGUGAUUUCAAAAAUAAAGCUGUGAGGCAAUCCAUGUGCACACGUA